GAUUGGUCAACGGUUAGCGACAAACAUAUAAAGAUAACGCGCCGUAUACAUAGUUAGAUGGGAGUACUAUUUCGUCGUACAAAUAAAUGACACGCAAUAGUGAAGAACCAAUAAAAAACGAGGCGCAAAUACGUGUUUUUUUAUAAAUUAAGUGGUCAAACACAAAAACAUUUCCUCGUACAUCAUUUGUAACGGUUUGCAAAACAGUCGUGUGUCGUAGCAGUGUGUGAUAACGUGAAAAUCGAAUGUUUUGAUGUCGCGAGGCAUGACCACGGCAUGACUUCCAUGCCCUGCGUACCUACGGAAGGGCGUGCGGUGCGAAUUACGUUUACUAUGAAUGAUUUUAUCUCUUUCUAAACUCGAGUGUCUGUGAAUGACCGAGUGUAACAGCGAGCGUACCAAAUUAUGGAUUGAAAUAGUGUUUGUUGUUGAUGUAUUAUGAUUAUUUCGCAAAGAUAAGAUUUUUAACAUUAGUGUUAUCGUGUUAGUGAGGAAUCGCCGCAGUUCUGCCCACGGAAUAAAUUCUUAUGGUACUACGUCGGAUUCGUUACGCCGUUCGAUUUAUCAUAACGAGGUUAUCGGUUGGCAUGUGCCAGAGUCGUUAGGUGCGGGACUGGGAUGCAGGAGUGAUGUCGGCGGCGGGAGGCGGGGGCGCGGGCGCCGUGGUGCGCCAAGGGCAACUGCGGAAGCUGAAGACGAUGAAAAAGAAGUACUUCGUGCUGCGCGCGGAGACCCCGGAAUGUUCAGCCAGGCUGGAGUACUAUGAGUCGGAGAAGAAGUUCCGCGCGGGAGUGGCGCCGCGCAGAGUGCUGCCGCUCAAGAGCUGCUACAACAUCAUGCGGCGGCUGGACCUCAAGCAGAAGCAUGUGAUCGCACUGUUCACGCGAGAGGAGCAGUUCUGUGUCGUGGCGGACAAUGAGCAGGACCUGCAUGCCUGGCUGACUGCCAUCCUGAAGCAGCACCGCAGUGAUGACGCCAGUGACGAGCUGCUUCAUCCCAUACAGCAUGUGUGGCAAGUAAACGUCCAGAAGAAAGGCCUGGGUGCGACGAAGAACAUCCAGGGUCUGUACAACCUGUGCCUCACGGACAAGACCCUCACCCUGGUCAAGAUUAAGAGUCACAAUAACGUGAUCAGCGAUCUUGGUCUACUGGAGCGGGUUGAAUACUCCUUGAAGAAUAUUCGGAGAUGUGGCGAUUCCGAGCGUUUCUUCUACAUGGAGGUGGGGCGGCAGACGACGACCGGUGCGGGAGAGCUCUGGAUGCACACUGAUGACUCCAACAUCGCGCAGAGCAUGCACUCCACUAUAUACCAUGCAAUGCGUGACUGUGCGAAAGAGACAGAAAAUGAGCGCGACCACAUCGUGUUGCCGAAGGGGCCCGGCGACAACACGUUGCCGACCCGACGCCAAUCAUAUUCCGACGGCAGGGGCCGGGCCGGUCUCACUAACGAGAAGGGCCUGUGCGUGGGCUCGUGCAUUAGGCAGUGCGUGUGCGCCAGCGCCACCUACUCCAUCGACGAGCCGCCCCUCGCCCCGCCGCCGCACAACGCCGACAGCCAGAAUAACACACUAACAGACAAAACUGACAACCCGGUUCGCCUCAUCAAACAUCAUCGGACAGAGUCCCUUCCAACUGGGUACCCUCUCUUCCAAGAACCUCUGAAGAUCUCCCACGGAAGAACAAGGUCUGAGCCUUUGACCGGGGAAGAAGUAGAUCGCGUGCUCGUUGAGAAAGGAGUGACGCACUCCUCGUGCAAGGCCAUCAAUGGAACGGACACACUGCCCAAGAAGACGCAGUGGUCGAGGAGGGCCUCGACGGGGACGCGGUUACAUAAACUGUCGCCGGCUCAUACUAAGAACGCGGAGACGUUACGGAACCGAUGUGUUAGUAUGCCGUCAAGGGCGUGUUCAUCGUUUGAAGUGGACAGACCUUCUUCGAGAUACCCAGAUACUGAUGGUUUGGAAGUGUCUCGUGACGAGGCGGAUGCAGUGACGGACUGGUACCGGACGCCGCGCAUUCCUGAGGAACCUGACUGUUGCGACAUAUCUAGAGACUUUAUGAGCUCGUCCCUAGUGGGUGCGGGAUCAGUAGCCCACUCGCGCACGUCGUCGGUGGGCGAGGCGGGCGCCGGGUACCUGCCCAUGGCGCCCGGACACGACCCGCUCGCGGGGCUCAUCUCCGCCUCUAGCGGGUCCCUCUGUAGCGGGACGCCCUCCACAGACCCGCGGUUUAGUGAGUACCAGCUAGAGCCCGCCACCUCCCACAUCGGAUUAGAGCGCCCCCCGCGAGCCUAUAGCGUGGGGUCCCGGCCGGCCGGGGCCCCCGCGCCAGAGGCCCGCCACCGCGCCUACAGCGUGGGGGCCCGGGCACGACCCCCGCGGCACCCUGUGCGACCCAACACUGAUGAUCACAUGGAGAUUGACUUCUCCAAUAAUUCCCCUGCGAACAGGCUAUCAUCUCAAGUGAUAUCGCGCACCCCACCGACGGCGUGCUUCGUAGAGCCGCGACCGAAGACGAACGUGGACGAGUACGUGGACAUGUCGCCGCGCAACGCGGGCUACGUGGAGAUGCGGCCCGGCGAGCCCCGCGCGCGUACCCCGCCGGCCCCGUUCGACAUGUCGCUGGACUCCCCCGCCUCGCCGCAAGAUGCGGACACUGACCUACUGGAGGAGGACCCGCCACACCACCCGCUCACUACGGUGCGGGAGAUAUCCGAGGACGGUCGUCGGAGCCCCGAGGUGGUGCCCGCAGCCUCGCGACGGAGCCCCGAGGUGUCGGUGUCACCGCAGUAUGUGACGCUGGCCCUGACGGCGGCGCCCCCUAAGACGCCGGAGCCCUGCGGAGAUGAGCUGUCCUGUAACCCCACCGCUAAUAAGACUAUCGUUAGGCUACCUGACCCUAUCGAAACUAGAGGCAGCGAGGCGGGCGGCGCGGCGCGCGUGGUGUCGCGUCCGCUGCACUACGCGGCGCUGGACCUGGAGCCGCGCCGCGCGCUGGCGGCCGCCCAGCAGCGCGCCUACACGCAGAUCGACUUCAUCCGCAGCGAGAAGCUGCACGUCGCCGACACGUAGGGCCCGCAGACAUUACGGGCCGCGCGGGGCCGUAGCGAUAGUGAAUUCGGUUGCCGUUAUUGAUAAGCUGUGAAUGUGUCAAAUUAAUGCGUCAGACUGAAUCUUUUGUCGCGGUUUUGAUUGGCUGGGACGAUAAGUCGCAUCUGUACCUUUUUUAAAUAACCGACUUCAUAAAAGAAGGAGGUUUCAGUUUUACUUGUGUGUGUUUUUACGCAUAAGCUUUAAUUUUCUUGUCCGACGAAUGUGAGACCUCACCUAUUUUCUUUUACAGUAAAAGUGUUCAACAAAACCUUUGUCAAAAUUAGUGUUAGUUUAUUUAUUGGUUUUGCUAAGUUGGAGUUAUCCCAGGUUCGACUUAUCGCGUCCCCCAGAUGGCACGCUGUGUAGCUGCAGUGUUGAUGGUCGCGUACGAUCGGCGUGCACGCCGCAUUUAUAUGAGCCGUAGCCACACUGCUGUAUCAGUUACUCUUUGAUAACUUAAACUUAUUUUUAAAUGGUCUUCAAAGAAGACUAUGUCUUAAAAACUCGUUAAACUGAGCAAUUUAAUUGUCUUUCUUGGAGAAAAUGUUUAAAUUCGGCUUUUAAAUUCAGUUCUUGACUAUCGUGAGUUAUUUUACAGUAAUAAAAAUUAAGCAAAGAUCAAAACAUUCCGGUGUCACACUAGAUUUGGAUAUUUGCUUACAUUAUUUAUACUUUCUUCUUAAGACAAUUUAACAUUGUAAUCUACCAAUAAAAACCAUGUACUUUAAUAUCAAAAUAAGAAUAACUGAUACACGUUGUUGGGUACAAGUAAUGAGAUCACCGCCGCUUUAUCAUUCGUCGUCAGCCUGUACCUUAGAGGCAGUUCGGUAGUGUAAUAAACGAAGCGAUAUCUUUCACUAUUAUUUUAUAGGCCGGACUGGGACACGUAUACUUUACACAAGUAUAUCAAGCUACCCCAAAACUGUAAAAUACAUUUUCAACUUUAUGUCAAAGAAAAUAAGGUUUAAAAUGUAUUAAUGUGUAGCUAGAUUUGCGCAGUAUGACAUGUUCUACGCCCGCCUGCAACUUGUAUUAGACUCGGUGUCGCUUGCUUCUGUUACUAUUUAAUAGUACACAUUAUUUUGUUAUUAAUUUUAUUCUUAUUACAUUUUUAUUAUUAUUGUUAUGAGACUCCAGUGAUACGUUUGUAUAGCAAACAUAUAAAUAUAUGAUAUGACACUAAGAAAUUAUACUAAGUCUAACUCCAAAAGUUUUCACUAAAUUAAUUAAUACAUUAUCAUGUUAUUUUAUUGAUUUGUAAUUAAAUAUUUAUUUGUUAGAUCUUAGUGUAUCUCUCUAGUUCAAUACAAUCGCGGAUAAAUCAUUACGGGAUAAAAUGAAAUGUAGAAUAUACGUGCACGGGAACGUUUGAGUGAUGAGUUGUCGCGUUGGUCCGUGAAGGAGUUAAAUUAAAUAUAAUAUUUGUAAUUAUUGUAAAGCCAGGUUGUGAGAGAGGCCUACCAAUAGUUGGUACAAUACACGAUUUAGUUCCGAUGACAUACUACCUACUGUGUUCUUAGAAUACUCUGUGCAAUUUUAAAACAUGAUAUAAAUGUUAUUUCUACAAUGUUAUUGUUUGUUAUCUGCGUUAUUGUUCCGUUCGUCAUUAUUAUACACGUACAAAAUAUAUAAAAAAACAAAUACAUUAUAUUUAUUGAUGUUGAACGCUAGACUAAACAACAUAGACUGUUUUAUUUUUUAAUUAGUGAAGCUAGCGUUUACCUUUCCACCGAUUUUAGUAAUUAAAUGAAAUGAUAAAAUAGUUUUGUCAUAUAUUUGAUAGAGCAGUGUUUUUAAAAUGAAAUAAUCUCGAACGGAACAUUAGGUUUUGUAUGUAAUCGUAUGUAGACGAUUGCGUAUCGAGCCAGCAAUCAAGUUAGACAAUGAUAUAUAGAAUAAAGUUCUUUGAACUUGCUGUUUACUAUAAAUAGUCAAAAUUCAUCUUUGGAUUUUGCGUUUUUCUUCAUCAUAUUGCUUAUAAUUGUUAUGAAUGUUAACUGUUACAGAAACAAGUGAAUAUUGAGAACGUAUCCAUAUUAGAAUUAUGUUGAAAUGUCAUAUUUCACAAAAAAUAUACAGGUACUGUUCUAUAGUAUUGUUUUGCACAAUUACAAUAAAGCACUAAUUGAUUAUAUUACUCAUAUUUACAAGUAAAUUGCAAGUUCAAUGAACAAAGUUCGUAAAUUAUGUGUUCAAUACAAAUCUGUUUUUAUCUUAUGACUACUGUUUAUAUUUGAAGCGAAUAUAUAGGAAUAUUUUUAAUCAAACAUAAAGUUGUCUUAUAAACACACACAUAAGGUCGAUAUUACAUAGUUAUUUUUGUGAAUAAACCAUAUUUAAGUCGUUCUUGUUAUGAAGCUUCGCGAUGUUUCCAACGGAUUCAAGAAUAUGUACUUUGUUUAUUUAUGUAUCAAAGUCAAUGCUUAAAUUAUACGCCUCCAAAUCAUUAAAAGAUUUCCAUUUGUAUUUAAAAGAGGUGAAUAAUUUUAGUGUUGAUUUGUCUAAACAAAGAUGGUAAAAAAUUAAUUAUUUUGAAGUGUACAAUAUUGUUUUUUUAGAAAAAUACUAUCACUUAUGAAGACUGUUAACUACAGCUCAACUUUUGGAUAAUAUUCUAUGAACAAACGAAGCUUCAGUAACAAGACAAGACAGCGAGAUAUCGUUGUACCCUAAAUGAAAUUGUAUCGUAACUGACUACUCACAGACAGAUGAUCCUAUCAUAGUUGAAUUUACAACGUUCCCGGUAGAUAAGUGCUGUUAUAACGACUGUAUGUUGAGAACAGUAUGAAGUCAAUUUCAUUAUUGAGCAAAGCUAGUGGGGUUAAAAUUAUUAUUUUGUCAUUGAAUUGAAUCAAUAUCUUAUUAAUAAAAUGGGUUCAAUUGGGAUGAUGA